UAGCUGCUGCAAAAAUCACCCUGUAGGUGCUUUUUAGUUAUUAAAUAUCCUCAAUUUUCUGGUGGAGAAGGCACCAUGCCUGUCAGGGAGCAGUGAACUCCUGUGCUCAGGAACAAGGCACUGGGAAUGGGUUGAUGCUGAGGAACUGCCAGGUUUGAGUGGCUUUGUGCCCCUUUUAUACAUUUCCAAGAAAUGGAUAAAAACUAAAUCAAGUCUUUUGAGUUAGAAGAGGAUGGCAGGUUUGUUUUGCUGAUCUGUAAAUGUAUAUAAAUACAAUUCUUUUCCCUUCCUUUCAGUUUCUCUUCGUGUCAGUUAAUGCUCUGAGAGAAUGGGAGGCUCUUCCUCAAAACCAACUCCAGCUACACCAGAACCCAUUUCCACUACUACCACUGUCCCCACCACUGUCCACACCCCUACAGCUGAUUUCAAAGCUGCAGAAGUCAGAUGCUGGAUUAAUAACAAUGAAAUACUGUACCUGUCAUUGGCCUUCAUCUCUGGCAUACUCCUGACUGUCCUGGUUUUUGGAAUCAUCCUCCUCUUCAGGAAAAGUUAUAAAAGAUCCCACCAAAAUUUACAAGAGGAAACUUUCUCCCACGUGCCAGCUGAGGAAUAUUUUACCCAGGAUGAAGUGACCUACAGCACUCUGGUCUUCCAGCAAGGCAGGACACCACUGCCUGUGUGAUGAGGAUGUUCCAAAUGAAAUAAAAACGUUCCCACUCUCUGGACAUGAAAAGCCACGAGGAUGUUACACCAUGGAAAUGCCCCCAUGCCCUCUGUAACACAGCUCUUUUUGUAGUUAUGAUGGGAAACUGUCUCCUGUCCAAACUGGCUGCUACUGGCUGUGGGCAAAUGGAGAGUUGCUCUACAGGAUUUCCUCAUCUGUAGAAAUCUCCCUGCUCUUGUAAAGUUUCCGUCUGAGAGAGCUACCAGAGAGUUGAGAAAUGAAAAUGUUUCUCUGCCUCGAUCCACGUCCGUGUCCUUGUGUUUCCCUGUUCUGUCACCAACUCUAACAUUUUAUAUUGUUGUUUUUUUUUUUUAAUUGCCAAGUGCUCUGCUUAGUUAUUUUCUGUAAUUGAAGUGAUGAUAAUGAAAUGUUUGUAUGCAAAUCUCUGCUUCCUGGGUGGGUCCCAUAAAAGAAAUGCACAAUCACAGCGUGACAGCCAAAAUUUCUGGAAAUGUUCAUUCACGUGUUAUUACCCACAGCGUUGUAAGU